GAAGUGUGACAGGAAGGGACACGCGGAGGCCGAGGGCCUCCUGUGGCGGAGCUGCUGCGUCGUCAGAGAGCCGGCGGGCCCUCCCGGCGUUGGCUCUUCCCGGGCCCGGCGUGCCCGGCGGCCGGAAGGAGGGAGCCGAGGGCCCGCCGCUGCAGAUGCCCGAGGUCCGGGCGUUGCUGGGUGGCACGGAAACACGUGGUGUGGACAGUGCGGCCGUUUGUCCCGACGCGGAAAGACACUAGUGGGAUGUCAGUCACCUCCAACCCCAAAGCGUCCUCUAAGACGGGCUUGGCUGCUGAACAAAGGGCCCGCUCUGCCGCGGCGCUGACCGACACGCUCACACACUCAGAGAGAAAACAACCCGGUCCCCGCAGGUCACGGACGCCAUGCCGCACUUCCUGCAGCCUGGCAGCCCUCCCCCCCAAAGACCCUUAAAACCACGCGAGCUCGGGCUGCUUUAUCCCAGCCGAUGUCACCACCGCCGAGGGUUGUGUCCUCGGCCGGCCACGAUGCGUGUGUGCUCUCUCCACACCAGAUACCCUUCGCCGGCAUUAGUCAGUUUUGCAAUCCCACCUGGUAGCCUCUACCCAUGAAUUAGCCACCCAUUUAAGAAAAGAAUUGUGCUACAGUAAGGUUUCCCGCGUAGGUUCUAGGCUUUCUCUGAAAUACUUGCUUAACUGGGCUUAGCGAAUGAAAAAGAACCUUGAGCACCGCUGCCGGUCCGGGAGGAGUCCCAGACUCUGCCGUAGAGACUCACGCCAUGAGCCAAACUAAAAGUAUGCUCCGUCCGGGAGGAGUCCCAGACUCUGCCGUAGAGACUCACGCCAUGAGCCAAACUAAAAAAACAACAAAUAUGUCAUCUGAAAUGCUGCCAGUGUCUCUUGAGACUCCUAAUGUGGGAAGAGAGCCAGGCGUGAGUGACGGUGAAGAGGAGGGACAGAAGCCAGGAUUAGAUGCCGGGACUGAGCCAGUAUCCAAGCGACAGAUGAAGAAGCUGAUGAAGCAAAAGCAGUGGGAAGAGCAGCGAGAACUGCGCAAGGAAAAACGAAAAGAAAAGCGCAAGAGAAAGAAGUUGGAACGACAGUCUCAGCUGGAAUCCGGUUCAGAUGGAAGUGACAGGAAACGCAUUCGAAGAGAUGGUGUUCACAGCAGCCUCCGCCUUAUCAUCGACUGUAGUUUUGACGAUUUGAUGGUGUUAAAGGAUAUUAAGAAACUUCAUAAGCAGAUUCAACGAUGUUACGCAGAAAACCGACGAGCAUCACACCCUGUGCAGUUUUAUUUGACAAGCCAUGGAGGUCAACUGAAAAAGAACAUGAAUGAAAAUGACAAAGGAUGGGUCAACUGGAAGGAUAUCCACAUCAAAUCAGAGCACUAUAGUGAACUAAUAAAAAAAGAAGAUCUGGUUUAUCUGACAUCAGACUCUCCUAAUGUACUGAAGGAUUUAGAUGAGUCAAAGGCUUAUGUGAUUGGAGGCUUAGUGGACCACAACCAUCACAAGGGACUCACAUUUAAGCAAGCAUCCAGCUAUGGAAUCGAGCAUGCACAGCUCCCUCUUGCAGAUUUUGUCAAGAUGAACAGUCGGAAAGUCCUGGCAGUUAACCACGUGUUUGAAAUUAUCCUGGAGUUCUUGGAAAGAAGAGACUGGCAAGAGGCAUUUUUCACAAUCUUACCCCAACGGAAAGGAGCUGUUCCUGCACACACAGCCUGUGAAAACUCUCCUCAGGACCAGCAGCCCCGGCCAGAAGGGUGGGACAGCUCCAGCGAGGGAGAGCACUGCAGGAAUGACCCCGACUCACCACAGAAAGAAGAGCAGGACCAGCAGGGCAGCCCGGUGUCCUGAGUGAGUUCUGUCCCACAGUGACCAGCCUUCCCUAGCUGUCCUUCCACUGAAGGAGAGCCUGGAGAGUGUAGCACUUCAGAAUACUCAGACUACAAGAAAGUUGAUGUUUCUCUCAUCUCUGUUGUGGAAUUCUAAAUCUUGUCAAAAGUUAAAUGAUAAUGAAAAACCCUUUAAGCACCAAAAAAGGAUUGUUUGGUUUUGUGUAAGAAGACUUAAAGGUAUGAUUUCGAAAUUGCUUUAAACCUCAAAUCAGAGUCAUGGAGAAUGUUAGCAUGCCUUCAUUCUCCUCCAGUCCCUGGAGUACAUUCUUCAGGGUGUGCCUUCUGACCUCUCAGCUUUGUCCUUUUAUGUUCCUCUCUGUGUCUUUUUGGUCAGAUGUUCAUGAAUGUUGUGCGUGUCUACUAGAAUGUUGACCUUGGGAGGCUGUAGCCUUUGUGUUGAGUAAGUUCUUUCUAAGAAACACGUUAAUUCUGGAAGGAGUACCAGUUGUUUGCUGGGUGUAGUAGUUCAGUCCUUGUGGACAGUAGGGUCCAUUCCUGUGCCUCCCUUGUGAUGUCUUCUCAUACUUCUGAAAUUAUCACAAGAAUAAUCUUAAUUCCUUGAUGACAAUAAUUAAUUUAAUUACAAAAUUAAAGUUUUUCUGGCUAGAUUA